UCUGCCGUGCGCUCUCCGCCGGUGCCUCCCUGGUUAUAUUGUUGAACAGGAAACCCGGCAGCGCGGGAGCCGCACGGUCGAGGAGGGAGCGCGGGACGCCGAGCCCACGCGCGCCUGCCGGGGCAAGUGGAGGCGAAGCCGGCGAGCGGACGCCCCGAGGGUCGGGGAAGGAACCGAGGCCGAGUCCCCUUCUUAUCUAGCCUGAGACAUUGAGCUCCGGUGGGUGUCCCUGCGCUGGGAAUCCCGCUCGGAGUUUUUCCAGGCCCGGCCGGGCUGCGCCGGGAAAGGCCCUGCUCCGGUUCCGCGCAGCCUCUCCGGCCUCGCCCCUGGAAACCCCGCCCAGGGCGAUGGUAGGGGCUUAACCUGCAGCCACCGCCGGCUCCGCCCACCCAGCCCAUGGGCUCCCUGAGGCCCGCCCAGCCGACGUGAGUGCGCUGCGGGGUCCAGGGGGAAGGGGCGCCGGGGGAGUGUCCUGCUUGGGGUUUGUUGGCUCAGCACUGGGUAGCUCGAUGACCCCGCCUCCGGGGCCCAAUGUGCUUAGUGACUCAGUUUACACCCUUUCCUCGUCGAGGAACGCUUGACAAAGUGGCGGAGGAGCCCUGCUGGGGCCCCCGUUGGAACCUGCUCCUCUGCCUCGGCAAGCGGCGGUCUCCUGGCCCCGGGUCCGGGCCACCUUAGGGGGCAGGAGGAGGUGUGGUCAGUGUGGGAGUUUGGAGGGGCCAUGCACUUCCGGAGAAAACCACCGACUCAUGGCUUUGGUGGAGGGGCGCAGGCACAUUUAGUUAGGCUCUCCCCCAUCCCUGACACCCCAAGCCCGGGCGGGAGCGGGGCUUAUGACCACCACUCCGGAGAGCUUUGGGUGGCCCUGCUCUGGGACUCCGCACUUAUAGCCACUGUCUCAGAGUGCAUUCUCCAGGAGCCACUCGUGGGGACACUGUAGGGGUGACAGGGCAGGUGGGCAGGCCACAGGGGCAGGGCCUUUCUCGGGAGGCGGCGUGAGAGCCGGAGAGCAGGGGGUGGUGCGGGCCGGGCUGGGCGGGCCGGGCGGGCCGGGCUCACGUCUGCGGUGAUGCAGCUGGGGAAGGAAAGAGAAACCAAGAGAACCGGUUCCCCCGCAUUGGCAGCGGAGGCCUGUACAUCAAGGUCCUUGGACUAAGCGGGACAGGGACAGCCGCCAGGAAAACGCCGCGGCCGCGAUGGCGGCGGACGUGGAGGGGGACGUGUACGUGCUGGUGGAGCACCCCUUCGAGUACACCGGCAAGGACGGGCGCCGCGUGGCCAUCCGGCCCAAUGAGCGCUACCGGCUGCUGCGGCGCAGUACCGAGCACUGGUGGCACGUGCGGCGUGAGCCCGGCGGCCGCCCCUUCUACCUGCCUGCGCAGUACGUGCGCGAGCUGCCCGCGCUCGGCAACCGUGCCGCUGCCCCGCCGCCAGGUCCCCACCCGAGCCCCGCGGCCCCUGAGCCGCUCGCCUACGACUACCGGUUUGUGAGCGCGGCGACGGCCGCGGGCCCCGACGGCGCCCUCGCGGAGUCCGGCGGCAGAGCCAGCUCCCUGUGCGGCCCUGCGCAACGCGGCCCCGUGACCCAGCGCAGCAGCCUGGCGCCCGGCCUGCCAGCCUGCCUGUACCUGCGGCCCGCGGCGCCCGUGCGGCCCGCGCAGUCCCUGGACGACCUGGCCUGCGCCGCCGUCUCGCCUCCCGUCGGUCUCCUAGGAAGCAGCGGCAGCUUCAAGGCCUGCAGCGUGGCGGGCUCCUGGGUGUACCCGCGGCCCCUGGCGCGCAGCGACUCAGAAAACGUCUACGAGGUCAUCCAGGACUUGCAUGUCCCGCCGCGGGAGGAGAGCGCAGAGCAGGUGGACGACCCCCCGGAGCCCGUGUACGCUAACAUAGAGAGGCAGCCCCAGGCCACUUCACCGGGCGCCGCUGCAGCCCCCCUUCCCAGUCCGGUGUGGGAGACGCACACGGACGCGGGCACCGGGCGCCCCUACUACUACAACCCAGACACGGGAGUUACCACCUGGGAGUCGCCCUUUGAGGCUGCCGAGGGUGCCGCCAGCCCAGCCACCUCCCCUGCCUCGGUGGACAGCCACGUGAGCCUUGAGACCGAGUGGGGCCAGUACUGGGAUGAGGAGAGCCGCAGGGUGUUCUUCUACAACCCGCUGACGGGCGAGACGGCCUGGGAGGACGAGGUCGAGAACGAGCCCGAGGAGGAGUUGGAGAUGCAGCCGGGCCUGAGCCCUGACAGCCCCGGGGACCCGCGGCCCCCCACUCCCGAGACGGACUACCCCGAGUCGCUGACCAGUUACCCCGAGGAGGACUAUUCUCCCGUGGGCUCUUUCGGUGAGCCCGGCCCUACCUCUCCCUUGACCACACCCCCCGGCUGGUCUUGUCAUGUCAGCCAGGACAAGCAGAUGCUCUACACCAACCACUUCACCCAGGAGCAGUGGGUGAGGCUGGAGGACCCCCACGGGAAGCCAUACUUCUACAAUCCAGAGGACUCCUCUGUUCGAUGGGAGCUGCCCCAGGUCCCUGUCCCUGCCCCUCGAAACAUCCAUAAAUCCAGCCAGGAUGGUGACACCCCAGCCCAGGCCAGCCCUCCAGAGGAGAAGGUCCCAGCAGAGCUGGAUGAGAUUGGGAGCUGGGAGGAAGUCUCUCCUGCCACAGCUGCUGUGAGGACCAAGACCUUGGACAAGGCAGGGGUGCUCCAUCGCACCAAGACGGCAGACAAGGGAAAGCGGCUCCGGAAGAAGCACUGGAGUGCCUCCUGGACUGUGCUGGAGGGUGGCGUCCUGACAUUCUUCAAGGACUCAAAGACCUCGGCUGCAGGCGGCCUGAGGCAGCCUUCCAAGUUUUCCACCCCUGAGUACACAGUGGAGCUGAGGGGGGCCACUCUCUCCUGGGCCCCCAAAGACAAAUCCAGUAGGAAGAAUGUGCUGGAGCUACGGAGCCGAGAUGGCUCCGAGUACCUGAUCCAGCAUGACUCAGAGGCCAUCAUCAGCACCUGGCAUAAGGCCAUUGCUCAGGGCAUCCAGGAGCUGUCCGCAGACCUGCCCCCAGAGGAGGAGAGCGAGAGCAGCAGAGUGGACUUCGGGUCGAGUGAGCGCCUGGGAAGCUGGCAGGAGAAAGAGGAGGAUGCGCGGCCGAAUGCAGCCGCGCCGGCCCUGGGCCCCGGGGGCCUGGAGAGCGACUUGAGCAAGGUCCGGCACAAGCUCCGCAAGUUCCUCCAGAGGCGGCCCACACUGCAGUCGCUGCGGGAGAAGGGGUACAUCAAAGACCAGGUGUUCGGCUGCGCGCUGGCCGCGCUGUGUGAGCGCGAGAGGAGCCGGGUGCCACGCUUCGUGCAGCAGUGCAUCCGCGCCGUCGAGGCCCGCGGGCUGGACAUCGACGGGCUGUACCGCAUCAGUGGAAACCUGGCCACCAUCCAGAAGCUACGCUAUAAGGUGGACCACGAUGAGCGCCUUGACUUGGACGACGGGCGCUGGGAGGACGUCCACGUUAUCACUGGAGCCCUGAAGCUCUUCUUUCGGGAGCUGCCCGAGCCCCUCUUCCCCUUCUCGCACUUCCGCCAGUUCAUUGCGGCCAUCAAGUUGCAGGACCAGGCCCAGCGCAGCCGCUGUGUGCGUGACUUGGUGCGCUCGCUGCCCGCCCCCAACCACGACACUCUGAGGAUGCUCUUCCAGCACCUCUGCCGGGUGAUCGAGCACGGCGAGCAGAACCGCAUGUCGGUGCAGAGCGUGGCCAUUGUUUUCGGGCCCACGCUGCUGCGGCCCGAGGUGGAAGAGACCAGCAUGCCCAUGACCAUGGUGUUCCAGAACCAGGUGGUGGAGCUCAUCCUGCAGCAGUGCGCGGACAUCUUCCCGCCGCACUGACUGCUGGCCUGUGGGGCGGCGGCCGCGGUCCUGCCACACAAGCUGGGCGGCGGAGGCCACGCAGCCGGGCCUUCUUCUCUCUGGGAGCCUCCGCCAGCGCAUAGCCGCAGGCCGGUGUGACUUCUGCACCCUCGGUUCUGAGGGUACAGUGACCCCUAGUGGGCAGUUUGCAAAAUGUGAUUCCUUCCCCUCAACUCCCCAUCCCCCCCCUCCCCUCCCCGUCACGUCCUGUUUGGGGGUUAAUUAGGUUUUUUUCUCUAUUGCAUCGCGCCUACUGUGCGUGUGCGAUAGCGUGUGUGGGGAUGAGAGUUUGUUUUCUGGAAUGGUAGGUGCUGGGAGGAGGAGUUUGAUGGGGGGCUUCCUGGUUGCUUCUGGCCCUCCCCUCGUGGAGGCCUUCACAGAGACCCUGUGAGCCCUGGCCCUGUGCUGGCACUGUGCCAGUCAUGAAGCAGCUGUGACCACUUCCCCACUGUGGAAACAGGACUGACCCAGCCUUCAGCGUGGGCAGCUGAAGCUAUCCUCCUUAGGCCUCAGGGAUGACCUCCUGCCUGAGCCUCUCACAGGCUGGCUGUGGGCCAGUUUCAUCUGCUUUCCUGUUGGGGGUCCCCGGCCUCUGCUGUUGCUGACCCACUGGUGUUCUGUGCAAGGCUUCUUCCCAUUCACCAAGUGCACACCUUGCAUCUGCCGCUCGGCAUGCACCAGUUCCACACAGCAUCCCAUUUUACAGACAAGGACGCUGAGGCCUGCAGCAGCAGUGUGACUUGCUCAAGGUCCAGUGAGUGACCUCAUUCCCCAGAAAAGGCUCCUCCCACACCAGAGUACAGCCUGGGUAGGGGGGAAAUCAGUUCUUUCAGCUACCACCCCUCCAACCUUUGGGCCUAUGCGAAAAGAAAGGAACUAAACUGGGUGUGUUCUGUCUGGACCUGGGGAGGCCCCUGAAGGCAAAGAGGGAAACUGCCCCAACUAUUCUGUCCUAGGGGAGGGGAAUAUAGCCCUAGCAGGAGCUCCCAGCCCCUCUUGGCACUCUGACACACAAGUACGCCCAUCUGGGGCCCACUUUGCCACGAAGAGCUGGGCAGGCCUGCAGGGUGUGGGGAAGGAGGACACAACCUCAAGAAAGGAAGCGUGAACCCCAGGGAAACAGCCGGUCCCUUCCCUCCUGAGACACAAGCCACCUCAGCUUGUGGCUCUUGGCCCCCAGCCCCACCAACCCACCUGUUCAUUUAUUCAACAGACAAUGACAGCUGAUAUUUAUUGGACAUUUGCACCAUGCCAAGCAUUUGGCUUGGAUUAUCCCAUUUGUUUCUCACAGCCGGUAUUUAUUGUCUGCUCUUCUGUGCCAGGUGCUGUGCUCUGGGCAGGGGCACUGCAUGGGCUGCCUGCUCUGGUGGAGCUUGUGGUCUGAUGGGUGAGGCUGACCCAAGCCCACCCCAUUGCCAGCAGGGCCAGGGCAAGAGUACACACAGGGGCCUCAUACCAUAUGUCUAAAUAUUUAAAAGUUAUCAAUCAAGCUAACAACUGUUAAAUAAAAUAUGUUCUAUUCUCCUA